UAGACCAUAGAGUAAAAUAAUCUAUAGAUCGUUGUGAAUUUAAGAUCCUGCAAUAGCGUCAAAUUUUGCUGUUUAUAUUUUCUAGAAUCCUCGUAAAACUCUCAAGUAUUUACAGUUUUUAAACAAUGGAGGUGAAGGAGUGUAAUGAUUUAACUGAAGAAAAUCAAUUCAUUGUAGACGAUGUGAGCAAAAUUAUUAAAGAGGCGAUCGAAAAUUCCAUAGGAGGGACUGCAUAUCAGCACAAUAAAGUUAAUCAAUGGACUUCGGCUGUCGUGGAAUCCUGUUUAAGUCAGCUGACAAAGUUGCAAAAACCUUACAAAUACAUUGUGACGUGCACUAUAAUGCAGAAGAAUGGCGCUGGUCUACAUACAGCUUCCUCCUGCUUCUGGGACAACAACACUGACGGCUCCUGCACAGUGCGCUGGGAGAACAAAACCAUGUACUGCAUCGUCUCCGUCUUCGGCCUUGGCAUAUAAGACAUACUUAACUAUCUCAAUUUAUUCCUUCCUUCCAUUUAAACAUUGUCUAUGCGCCCUACAUAAAUUAUAAAGUUUUUAACAUUACAGCUUUUGCUUGUAAAAUACAAGUUUUAUGUUAUAAUCAUAAAUAAAUAAAAAUUAGAGUUUUUAUUUCAUAAUAGCUUGUAUUGAUAAAAUAAAUGCAGUAGUAUUAUAUUUCUAUAGUGUAUUUUAAACCAUGAUAAUAAAAUAUGAAGUUGCACUUUAAUUGAGAUGAAAAAAAAUAUUUGUUAUUAACUGUUCAAAAACACUCAGUUUAAGUUGACUGUGUAUACAGAUAAAAUUGAAAAAUCUUAUUUUAUCAAUCGAAAUUAAGUAUAAUAGUCAUUACUUAAUUUUAAGUAUGUAGGAUGUAUUUUCGUACACAAUAAACAUAAUUAUGAAACCCUGUUGU